CUCUGUGGCUCCGCGAGAGGAGUCUGUCUGAAUAGAGACGCCAAAAAUGCGAAGUGACUAGAUGGGAGCCAAGACGUAAAACUAGGGAAGAAGAGGAAGCUACUGUACUCGGAAGCAUUAAAUCUUGCUGAUCAGUGUUGCCCGUUUUCCUGAUUGCUCCAAAAGAGCAGAGAAAGUGGCUUCAUGAAUAGGAAUGCCUGCCGGAUACCAGAAUUGGAGGUGAUGGAUGAAGAUCGGCACAUUGAAGAAGUCUUGGACAAGUUUGUGAAUUGUCACGAGCAAACAUAUGAAGAAUUUCUGAGCACUCUCACUCAUCUUUCAAAAGAUAAUGUGACCCAAAGAGGAGCCUUUGGAACCAAUUCUUCAGAAAGCAAUUUUCCUUCAGUAAAAUUUACUCAGAGAAAUGAACCAAAUGAUCACCAUCUUAGCAAUAAAGCCAUCUUUCUUCGUACUUCGUCACAGUGUUCAGAAGAGGAACAGAUAGUGAUGGAUGAAGGCCAAAAAGUUGGCAGUUCCUUUCAGGGUGAUCUGAAUCGGGCAGGAAAGGUGAAGGUAGACAACUUCCUUGAUUUAGAAGAUUUGGACUUGGAUGAAGAGAUUAAGCCCCAAAUGAAUUUGCUGCUGCUUCCAGGAGAGGUGGAGCAGGACAGGAGCAUGAGUGUUCCUUCUUACAUUCCUUCCGUGGCCCAGCCUCUUACCUCUGGAGUGAAGCCAAGGCCCACUGGAAAAGGAGGAGGGGAACAAAGGGAAGAGAUAGUCGGAGGUGAAGUUCGGCCCUUCUCACUUGAUGAAGAAUUUGAUUAUGACGCUGUGAUGCUAACCCCCAAGUUCACUCCUGCAGAGGUAGAUACCAUCAAAGAGCUAUGCAAGCAAAAGAGAAAGAGCACAGACUUAGAGAAACCCCGGGACUGAUCCACCAAGACAUCUCCGUGUUUAUUUUUAUUUUGUUCUUAUUCGAGCAACAUUAGAAUAAAAUACAUACCUACUAGAA